GCAGCUAUAAGAUGGUGCGCGGAGGCGUGUUCGGCCUUUCUAUGGCGGGAGUAGCUGGUGGCUCUUAUACAGCCGUGAAGGCUGCGGCACUGGCCGCGUCUGGCCGACCUGGGUGCCCGGAGCAAAGGGGAGAUGGAAGGGAAGACGCAAAAAAAGCCCAGGAUGCCUGGAUGAUGCCUAAAAUACAACCCUGUCCCAACAUCUGAUCCAGAGGCCAAGUCCGUAUCAAAAUUCACCAUUGGAAGUCCUCUGUAGACCUUUGGUGGGAAAGGCCCCUAGUGAAUUGUUCUGACAAGUUACACUGCAAAAGUGGCCGGAGGAAGGGCUGUGUAGAUACAUGUGAACCAAGCCCAAGGCUCUCCUGUUUUGGAUGCGUUGUCAAUAGGAAUCGGACCACUUCAGUUCACUCCUUGAACGGGAAAUUGUGUGGAAUCCUGCCCUUCAAAACUUGGGAUGUUGGCUUCUUUAUUUACUUAACUAUUAAUGCCAUUGGCAUUAACCCAGUCCUGUGGCUAAACUCCAGACUAAUGUAAAUCUCAUCUAUGCCCAUGAUGAAGCAAGGGAUGAUGAAGUUACUCCUCAUCGUCAUCACAGCGCUCCUACGACUUGGCCUGGCAGGUCAUGCCCUUCCACAGCAUCCGUUUAUCACAUCAAUACAAAGGGCCGUCACUGCAGCAAACUUAACUGAUUGUUGGGUCUGUUAUAAAGUGGGUAAUAUGGAAAGCGAGGUUUCUCUGAUCCCCAUCCCAGCCCCACUAUCCCACUGGAUCAAUGAAUCCAUAUAUGGAGUGUAUUAUUCUUCCUCCUAUUCUAAAUACCAGUACCUGUGGAAAUACACAGGCCGGCCCCUCUCCCCUGAAUAUGGGAAAGGACCAAAAUACAAAGUACAUGUAAGCCGCUCCUUCCAUACUUACCAAGUUGCAGGACGUCCACAGUAUCGAAUACAACACCGGGGUCAGUAUCCCUUGUGUAUCCAAAACGACAAUGGAACCGUAUACUUGGGCGAUGUUCCUGAGGAGAGAUGUGCCCAGACUCUGUGGUUUGACACUGAUGAUGGUACAUGGGAAGUGGACCCUGGAUCAAAUAGCGGAGGAAACUUCAAAUGUGGGAAGACCUCCCCGAUGACAUUCUGGGGAAAAGAGAGCUACUCCAACUUCACCAUCCUCCCCCUCAAUUACACCUCUGCUGGCUGGGAGAGUGAAACAAGGAACUAUCAUAACGACACUUUGUAUGUACUAGCUGAAGGGGGAGAGAUUGUCCAUACAAGUUUCAAUAUGUCAAGUUGCCCUGGGGAAGGAUCUUUUGUCAACUUCACACUUUUAUACCAGAUGUUUGAGUCUAUACUUUGUGCCUAUAAUGACACCCCUUGGCACCAUUUGACCCACUCGUGGAAAAAUUUUGACAAGCGAUGCCCUUGGUACUUUGAAACAGGUACUAUGAUGAUACAAGGGAGGGAACGGUGGUCGCCAAAUUCCACCUGGGCCCAGUACUCUGGUAACAGACUUACUCUAUCCCUCGCACACGCUUUAGGGCUUUAUUUCAUUUGUGGUGAUUAUGCUUAUAAGGCUUUACCUCCAGGGUGGGGAGGAACUUGCACCAUAGCUUAUCUAGUCCCUGAUCUACAGAUACACAAGACCUUGACCUCCACAUCUGUCCCCAACCCCGGGAGCUUCAUCAAUCGGUUUCAUAAGCGAACCACUAAUCCUUUCGCUGAGAAACCCUCAGGAUUCCAUGCUUUCGCCCAAGCCUUGUUUCCAUGGCUUGGAAUUUUGGAAAUCGAGAAGGCAAUAGUGAAUAUGUCUGCGGCUGUGGAAGAAGGUUUCAGUGCCACCCUCGAAGCCAUUUCCAACCUGCGGCUAGAGGUGGACCCCCUGUCUCAGGUGGUUGUUCAGAGUCGGAUGGCGUUAGACAUGAAACGGGCACAACAAGGAGGGGUUUGUGCAUUUAUCAACACCAUGUGUUGUUUCUAUGUUGAUAAAAAGAACCAGAUAAGUCAGAAUGCUACCAAGUGGAAAAGCUUCAUGAACACAGACCCUGAGUAGUCCUGACUCGGUGAUACUCCCAAGGAGCUUGCGGGGGGGGGGGGGGGGGGGGUGGGACCAGGCGGGGAUGGUGCAGGACACAAACAAGAGUACUGUAGCUCCCAGGGAGAGUCCUAGGGAGUGCCUUAACGUGGAUAGCCUUAGUUGAAACUCGGAUUGGUUUCUGUCUAUGCAGUAGGCUGCCUGUUUGCCGUCAUCUCUGCUAUGGUGCUGAGCCUCAUAGCACAAGGGCUACCAAAAACCAGACCCUUGUUUGAAGAGUCACUUUCUAGCUAGUGGCUUCCCUACUUAGCUUUGAAUAAACUCUCCUUUUUCAUCUGGUCCCUGAAGCUACUGGCCCAGCUGGUGGUUGAGAGCUCCCUGGGCUCUUCCGGACUCCAAGGUGAAUGCCUUUGUCAGACUGAAGCCCCAUGAGAGGGCCACCGUAUGCAUUUUGUAGCUUCUGCAGCAUCCGGCAGGGCACUCUACGCAGUGUCUGCUCAACAAGUACUGUAUGGAUUGUCCGACUGUUGAUUGUUUUUUGGUCAUCAGUGGGUAGCGUAAAGGGACAUACAUUUUGACUUAAAUACUUGUGAAACUUGUAAUGAUUUUAUAAGUAAAAAGUUGUUUUAAAAAUGAAA